AUGGAUGGCAUACCCUGUAUUGAGGAUCAUCAGAGGGUAACAAUCCUCAUUCGUCAAAUAGGACCAAGAAAUGCUGCUGUUUUCAACCGGAUCGUUGAUCGCCUCGCUCGACAACGAUCCAUUCAAGUUUCUGACAAUCCAAAACGAAUCUUCCAUGCUAACUUCGUCACCAACGUCAACGCCGAACUUGUCAGAUUUGGCGAACUGCAGGCACACCGUCGAGUUCUCGGGCUCAUCGGUGUGGCUAGCGCACAGCCUUCGACAUCAGCUGCACCUGCAAAGAAAUCGACCUCUUCUGCUUCUGAUGAUGUUGGAUUGGCGCCAGUUACGGUCAGAAGGCGUUCAUCUCUAAGUGGGGGCUUAACAAUGGAAGAAGUCAAAGGCAAUUAUGAGAAAGUGAAGCGGGAUUACGAUAACACUCUCGUUGAUAGCAGGUGCAUACUACUUGGCUACGAUGAGCAAGAAGUAUCAACACAUUUCUCACCCCGAGAAACCUUUCUCUUUCAUCGACUAGAGGAGUCCGAUGAGUUGGAAAUGGGUGUUCGAGAGUUUAUGCGUGCAAUUUAUUUUGUACUUGAAAGCAAGCGAGUUGACCAGUCUUUCGAGAAAUUGGAGUGUCCCCCUUGUCCCGUGUUGCCCGAGGAAGAGAAAUUCCGAUUUGGGGUUGAAAACAAAGCAUCCAAAACCUACAAACGCAAGUGUGUUGGUAGGUCACGGAAACAGAACGCGGAUUACGCUAUGCUCACCGGGCUACCGCAGCUGGCAUUGGACUCAUAUGCAGCCUCUAUGGAAAUGCUGAAGUCUUCAAACGACAUGCUUUGGUUUGCUGGUGCCUGCGAAGGGUGGGCUUGCGCUGCAAUGUCUCUUCUUUACGAUGGAUUAACAUCAACGGCUCUCAUGUAUCGGGUAGCUAGCAUGACUCCAACUCAAAUGAGGGAUAUUGGUUCUAACGGUCAUUUAUCGCUGGGAGCAGCCAUAAGUGCAGCUACGACUUUCCAACACACUUUGGGGGUUUCACUAGGACACCAAAGGCAUCGUUCGGAUGAGAACAGUCGUGCGCCACUCAGUGACGACAGUAGUGAUGGGGGCGAAAGCAGGCGUUCGCGGAUGCCAUGGGCAGUACUCCGCGGCGACAAAUCCAAAGACAAGAUUGAGCCAGCUGCUAUAAUGGAGAAAUUCGAGUUGGCACUUGAAAACUAUGCGAAAUUUUCCUUUGCAGCCAUGGUUGAGUAUGACUGUAUGAUGAAAGCAGUGUCUUUAUACCGAUAUCAACGAUUGUAUGUCGAAAUGGAGACUUUUCAUCGCGACCACAUAGGUAAAUAUCUGGAUGACAGUUUCACGAGAUUCGACAAUCAUACCAAAGCAGCUAUAUGUGCAAAUUCUACUGCAUUAUAUAGAGAGGUUGGAUUCAUGCGCAAAUGUUCGUUUUUUGCUCGCCUUGGCGUGCUGUUUCGUCUGCAAAUUUCAGAAGGCGAACAAAGAACUGCACAGGACUAUCGGAUUGUUUAUCCCGUCUUGUACAGGACUUUGCCUGGAUACGGUAUAAAAGAGAACGUACGCGAGGUUCAACAAGAAGGUGUGGUUAAAGGUCCAGUUCAACUGCAAAUAAAAGCCCUGCAUGAGGUUUACACGGCUGCUUCUCGGGCCGAGCUGACUGAAGCAGCUAUUAGACAUCUUUGUCAUCUUAUACAGGUGUACUAUGAUGACAUGGAUCCAACUUUGGCGAAUCGCUUGUUCGAUGAACUUCAAAGCUUAGUUCUAAUCAAAGGUAGUCCACCGCAGCUCAAUCAACGGAUUUCGGUUCCCGUCGGCAAUAUUAUACUUCCUUCCAUUCAAUUAACAAGAUUUCCUAUGGUUAGCGAUCCUAUUUUGUGCCCUUUGCCACCCCAUUUGGCUCCAACUGUGCUACAACUCAAAACCGGACAACCACAGCUGUUCAUUUAUUCACCAUUUCAACAGAAGAAGUCUACAAAUGAGAUUUAUUGGGUGGUGGAUUGCGCAUGUGAGGUAUCUAUUCUUGUUUACAAUUGUCGUCCUUACGAACUUGUCGUCAGAGAAUUAUGUCUGCUUGCCGACGGCUGUGUGUUUGAAUCUGUUCCUGUGCGACUUAUUUUACCAGCAGCUAAUGAUGGAGCUGCGCCAGCCAGAAUUAAAUUAAUUGGAAUGCCUAGGACUCCAGGCCUUCUGACAGUCACAGGUUACUGUUGUGAGGUAUUUGGUGUGAGAAAUGUCUGCAAGCUCUAUGGACCAAAAGGACCAUUGAAGGUUGAAGUACUCCCGUCGCUAGCUGUCCUUCAGCUUGUGUCGUCAUUACCUCGUGCCCCUAUCGAAGAAGAUCAAAAUGAACAUAACGCCGAAAUAACAGUCUAUUCUGGACAACUGUUUGAGCACUCGCUAACUGUUAAGAAUACCAGUGCUACAAUAGCUAUACGGAAAGUUCGUCUACAAGUUUGGCAACCAAAAGUAUCUGGUGGGCCUUCUAUGAUUGAGCUAGUAAGCCAAGAAGCCGAUGCUGCUUUUUCAUUAGCUCCAAACGAAGAGAAGGACAUUAAGUUCCGAAUAUUUGGUAUUGACCCAACUGCCACCGCUGAUGACGAAGGAUCAGUUGAUGAAAAGAUUGUUGAAACUGCGUUACCACUAGCAUCAACAUUUGCUGAAGUAGCCAAUGACAGCGAAGCACAUGAUUUAAUUCCGUACACUGGACGUUUACUUACUUGCCAGUUCUUGUUCCGGUACGUCGCUGAUGUCAACGGUCCGGAAGGAGAGUCCUAUGAGAGAAGUGCUCGUUUGUCCAUUGCUGUUUGCGUUGUCCCCGCUGUCACAGUUUCCGCUUGGCACGUGCUGCCAGGUGAUGGACCAUUCACGAGAUAUAUUGUGGUCGAUGUCACGAACAGCACAGAACACGAUGCGGAACUUGUUUACAGUUCGAACAGACGAAUGAAUGUACUACCCAAGGAGACCUGCCGUGUUCCGCUCCUUUCCCCGUGUUGUUCGGACGUGGCUGGAAGGGCUUUCCACGCAGCAACUCAAAAGGACAGCCACAUGAUGCAAAAACUUGAGGUGGAAAAAUUGCGCGCCACGCUUGAACUCCACGUUGCCAAACACCUCGACAUUCGAUGGGCAAUUCCGGCUAUGAAUCUGGAAGGGCUCGUUCCAGUGGGUGCACUGCUGUCCUCCGUAUCACUACUGAAACAGCUGGUUUUACCAGCGAUUUCAUUAGACAUCUCAGUAAAUGGAACUCCCUAUUUGAGCGAGGACGACAUAUCAGUAGGGAUAGGAGAAAUGAUCUUGAUAAAAGUUGCGGUUAUAUCAUCACUUGAAUAUGAUUUCUAUGGAAUUCUGGCGCUAGAAUGUUAUCAAGAAAUAUCCAAUUUUUUCGGCACCGUGGAUCGUGCUGAAAAUCUCCUAAUUAUCGGACAGCGGAAGGUCCCAUUUGUUGUACCCAAGAGUCUUCCAAACUCAUCAAUGUCCACCCCAAGGUGCGAGCUGUCAUUUCAUGUGAUGUUCCGUGUUGAGGGAGUGCACAAAGUCCGCCCACAAAUUGUGAGCAGGCGUGCAGAUGAAUCGCUAUUUUCCGAUGAGAUUUUUGUCUCCCCGGUCGGUUUCAGUGUUUCUACUAAGACACACUAG